UUUUUUUUCUUUUAAAGAAAUAAUAAUAAUUUAAGUGUUGUGUUUCGCUGGAAACCUAGAAGCUGAACAGUUACAGAGAGAUGGGGGUGACAAAGGAGCAAGUUGAAUCUUCUUUGACUUCUAAACUCAGCCCUUCUCAUCUUGAAGUGAUUGAUACAUCUGGAGGAUGUGGUGCUAGUUUUGUAGUUGAGAUUGUAUCAGCACAAUUUGAAGGGAAGAGGCUGCUGGAGAGGCAUCGACUUGUGAAUUCCGCCCUGGAAGAGGAGAUGAAGCAAAUUCAUGCUCUGUCUAUAAAGAAAGCUCUGACCCCAGAACAGUGGAAGCAACAAGUGGCUGAGAAAUCCACUUCUGCUGCUUAAAUCAGUGUUCUCCAAUAGUUCAAUCAUUGGUUCAAGCCUAUGUAACUACAAUCAUAAAAAGCCUUUUGGGUUAGAUUUGAACAUGUUGAAACUUGGGUAAUUACGUUUUACUGAAAAUAUCUAAUAUUGUUCUCAUGUUUGGGGAAAGUUUUAUAUUUGGGGCGGUUGCUAUUUGCCCAAAUCAUGAGCCAUUUUUCCUUUGACAUAGACAAAUGGAUUACUCUUUGUUUCCUCA